AUGUUCUUCCAGUUCUUGCAGAUGGACCCUCAAGGGCUGUUGGCCGAGGAGGACAGACAUCUCAUUCAGUGUCUACAGGUGCCGGGAAGUCGGCGGAGGAGACAACCGGUUGAAAUUUGUUUGCGACUAUCCAACAACGUCGUGGACACUUCUAUUCUUCGCAGCAUGGUGGACAGUAUGCAGGACCUUUUUGCCAAGGUGGACACUUCGACGGAUGAGGAGGAGGAGGGGUUUCGGCACGUCAAGUUUGAGGUCACGUCGCUCUGGUUCGACAACUGCCGCUUUCUAAGCGCAUCAGAGGACGUGAUGCUGCUGGCCAAGCUGGUCACGCUCCCGUCGUCAACGAUCCGCAAUCUGAUGCUGCCCGGGGUGUACUUCAACUCGCUGAGAAAUCCUUCGGGGCUCCAGAGUUUCCAGGUGUUCACUAGACAAGUGCUGGCGCCGUCAUCGCCCCUCAGGGCAUUGGACCUGACCCGAGUGGGGGUCGAUGGCAACUGCAUGGCAGCUCUUUGUUCUGCGCUUCGGUACUCAUCGCCUCUGGCGAAACUGUCCGUGGGGUACACGACUCGCGGUGCGCAUUCAAACUCUCGGUUGUUGUGGGCGUGGAUCUUCUUAGCUGUCUUCCACGUAGACUCGGGCUCUGCACUGGAACACUUCGAUGUCUCUGGAUUGCAGCUGCAAAUUGAGGACAUGGAGGCCCUUGUAGCAAUGCUAGAAUCGCCUCAUCCCGGGAGAACGUUGGUGCUUUUGCAGGACGGGCGUCUGCCUGAGGGUGAAGGGUGCGAAGAGUGUGAACUGCCUCCGAAUGAGCGGCUUUUCGUUCGGCUGCUGGGCGGGUCUCAAGCGUGGACGAAUCCUGGCUAUUCUGCGGCAUGGCCCCAGUUGCUGCCGGGGACACUUCAAGCGAAUGACUUUGAGUACGAGGUCAUGGUGCGGCUGGUUGAUUGGUUAUGCAUUUUGAUUCCAGGCUACGGUUUCGGCUGGGUGGUUAGAAGCGCUGUGAGGUACGAAACAUCUAAGCCAUCGUGCGUGUCGAAAUUGUCUGGAGCAAGAGUACGACCCGGAUUGCACUCUUUAACUUAUCGGGGGGCAGAGGAACAAAGCAACGGUAUGGUGGCUUUGCUGCGGCUACUGGGUAGAUCCCUGGUAUCACUGGACGUUCCGGCGUGUGGGUUAAAUUCUCAAGAUUUGGACACAAUUCUUCAUGUCUGUCCGAAUCUGGCGAAGUUGAACGUGACCCGCAACCUGAUGACGGACUUGUCGCCACUGUUGCGAGCAUACGAAGAGGGCCGCUGUCAUAUAGCUAGGCUGGGUGUUCUCGUGGAAUGCAUUACCCCUACUGUUGGCGCUCAGUUGUCAUCGUUGUUGCUGAACUCGAGCAGCAAGCCCCUGGAGAUGCUUCAACUUGAAGUCAUCGGUCACGAUCCUACCGAGGUGGACGUUUGGAACGGACUUCAGCGUGCUGUCUCGACUAAUACCACGCUGACUUGUGUGUAUCUAUCGCUGUUAUCUGCUGAGGCUGACGAAACUGCGGCGGCGUUGAUCAAACCGUUCCACGGGCAAGUACUGCGCUACAAGACACCGCUUCAACUGAAGGCGGCGUUUCUCAGCGUCGUGGAGCAUGGUGCAUCGUCGAUGGCGGGAUCACUAGACCACAUGGUGCUGUCCAAUAUUUUUUCAAUCGCUGCAGCUUCCGUAGUGCGCCGCGAAGUACAUGCGCGCCGUUGA